GCCGACGGCCCAAGAGCGACGCCAGCUAGCGACGCCAGCGUGUCGGCCCGCUGCAGCAGUUGUUGCGUGUGAGCAGAGCCGCUAGAGAGCCGGCCGCGCAAUGGCCGUGAACCAGAUCGAGGAGGACGAGGGCCCUCUCGAGGCGGAGGACGUCGGCCCGGACCCAUACGACGAUGACGAGGCGGACACAGUCGCAAUCAAGGGCGACUACAAGAAGCAGUUUUCGGCGGAGCGGACGACAAACCAGUGGGUCAUGCUGGGCAUCAAGUCGGGAGGCCUCUCCAUCGGGCUGCUGUCGGCGGGGCAGUACGAGCCGGAGAUCAAGAUGGCCGGCACUCUCCUCCUCAUCCCCUCCAUCUUUUGCGCCCUCUGGGGAGGGCUGCAGUACCGCCGCCGCACGAACAACAUCGAGGCCCUCUCCAAGGACUCGCUAGCCUCCUUCGAAGACCGGUUCGGGACGACUGUCGCCGUGGCGUCGCUCUCGCUCGCGGUCUGCGUCAAUGCCGCCUUUAGCCUUAUGCGUUACUUCGACAACGUCUAACCCAGCGUGUGAGCUGUGUGAUGUCGAGGUGGCGGCAUUGUCACGACACCACCCGAGUCAGUCUCAUGUGACGAUGUGACGACGUGUUGAGGAAAACAUUGCAAACAUGACACA